AUUGUAGCAACAAAGUGAAAGGACUUGCAGUACCGUGAGUCUAUUGUUGAAUAAAGUUUGUGCAAAUUUAUCUUCAACACUUUAAUUGCCUAAAUAAAUUCAAAUUUAAUAAUUUAUAAGCAUUAAAAAAUUGAUUAAAUUUUUUCUAAAUUUUUAUUUAAUAAAAAUAAAUAUUGAGAUCAAAUGUUCUGACGAAAAUAAUAGAUUGAAUUUAGUUUUGAUAUUUUAUUUUAAAGCGUGACAAAUGGAAUAAUUUCACAUGUGAGGUCCAUGGACGUAUGAAGAAGGUUUAGAUCAAGUUUUACAGUAAUCAUCAUUAGUGCAGUGUUCUUUGUGUACGUGGCAUAAUAUUGUUUUUCGAUUGUUAUCACAAAUAACAAGCAGCUAAAGACUGUUAUCAUUUCGAUGAAUUAAUAAGUGAACUUUGAUUUAGUUUAAACAUUUCAUAUCUAUAAAUCGACAUUCAAAUUUUACUAUUCUAUAAGAAUGUUUAAAUUUUACUAUUUUAUAAGAAUGUGUGCAGAGGGAGCCGUAUAAGCAUAAAACAGUGUUUUGAUAAACAAUAAUUUUUGCAUGUUAUGAUUCGUGAGAGUAAUUAGACAUUCUUUAUCAUCCUAUUUAAAAUUCUUCAAAAUUAGUGAAAAAGUAAGAAACUAUUUUACUCAGGUGUUUUUUUUUUUUCAAUUAUAAUCGUACGACGUAAUAAAUAAAAAUGUCGUACAAUGUUUCAAUUUUAUCUGAAUGUGUGGAACCAUUUUUGGGGCCUAGUUUGGCUCAAGUAUGUCCUGGGUCACAGUUUCUUCUAUUCAUGACUCUCUUGGAUACAUUUAUUCGUACCAACCUUGAAGUAUCUCAGUUGUGCAAUCGAGUGUUUCCUACUAAUCCAGCUGAUUAUUAUUAUGACUUUAUAGUGAUUGGAGGAGGAUCCGCUGGUGCGGUUGUCGCUGCGCGGCUGAGUGACGUACCGGAGUGGAAAGUUUUACUUUUGGAAGCUGGACCGGAUGAACCACCUGGUGCCGAUAUUCCGAGUAUGGUUGCUAUGUUUCUAGGAACCGAACUCGACUGGCAAUUUAAAACAACAAAUGAAGAAAAUGCUUGUCUAUCAACAAAUGGAUCUUGUGGAUGGCCACGUGGCAAAAAUCUUGGUGGUUCUUCCGUCCACAAUGGAAUGAUGUAUAUUCGUGGUCACGCUAAAGAUUAUGAUGACUGGGAAUCUAUGGGGAAUGAGGAAUGGGGUUGGCGUGACGUGCUUCCUCACUUCAUGGCAAUGGAGGACAAUGGAGAUAUAGAUAUACUUGAUGAUAAAUAUCACAGUACAGGAGGACCCUUGAGAAUAGAAAAAUUUCCAUGGCGACCUUCUAUAUCUGAUGACAUCAUUCGUGCAGCAGAAGAACAAGGAUUUGGUUUAAGUAGUGAUCUAAAUGGUGACACGAUAACUGGAUUUACAAUAGCGCAAUCUACAAGUAAAAAUGGCGUUCGUGUAAGCAGUGCCAGUGCAUUCUUACGGCCCAUUAGAAAUCGCCGUAAUCUUCACAUCGCGUUGAAUGCUACAGUCACUAAAAUACUUAUUGAAGGCCGUAAAGCUGUUGGCGUUCAAUACAUUCAAGACAAUGAAUUACGUACGGCAAGGUCAAUCCGGGAAAUUAUCGUUUCGGCCGGAGCUAUUGGAUCACCGCAUUUAUUGCUGUUGUCUGGAAUAGGCCCAAAAAAGCAUCUGAAAGAAAUGGGAGUACCCGUGGUUCAAGAUUUGCCUGGUGUUGGUGAAAACUUACAGAAUCAUGUGUCUUAUACACUUACGUACACAAUUAAUCAAGCUAAUGAGUAUGAUUUGAAUUGGGCCGCGGCUUUAGAAUACGUAAGUCGUCAGAGAGGACCCAUGUCAUCAACUGGUAUGUCCCAGAUCACAGGUAUUAUGUCCUCGAGUUAUAGUACGCCAGAUCAUCCGGAUUUACAAUUUUACUUUGGAGGAUUUCAAGCAACCUGUGCAACUACCGGCCAAAUUGGAAUGCUUAUAGAUAAUACCCAACGUAGUAUUAGUAUAUCGCCAACUAAUCUUCAUCCACGAAGCAGAGGAUUCAUUCAUUUGGCAGACAAUAAUCCACUAAGUAAACCUAUCAUUCAAGCAAACUAUUUUCAAGAUCCUGAAGACGUUGCGGUUUUAAUAGAAGGCAUUCAGUUGGCUAUAUCCCUUAUGAAUUCAAGUGAACUUUCAAAACUUAACCUCACCUUAAUGAAUCCCUCUGUUCAAGUAUGCUCACAGUUUAUGUAUUUAAGCAACGAAUACUGGAGUUGUGUUAUUAAACAAGAUACUGGACCGGAAAAUCAUCAAGCCGGUUCCUGUAAAAUGGGACCAGUAAGUGAUUCGAUGUCUGUCGUUAGUUCUAAACUAAAAGUUCAUGGAAUCGCUGGCCUUCGAGUUGCUGAUACUUCUAUUAUGCCCAAAGUAACGUCUGGAAAUACGGGUGCUCCAGCAAUGAUGAUAGGGGAAAGAGUGGCAACAUUUAUCAAACAAGAGUGGUUGAGAUUAAGAGGACCCUGGGGUCCGAUGUCUAUUUUUUAAUAAGUAUUUUGACAUAAAUUUAAUCAAAUUUCAGGUCCAUUUAUUAUAAAUCUUAUUG